AUGGCGCUGCGUUUUUCCCCCCUCAGCCGCAGGAGGUGCGGGUGCGAGCACCCCUCCCGCCGGCACCGCGCUCACCACAGGGCGGGCGAGCGGUGCGGCCGGGCCCGCGGACAGCCCGGGGGGACUCGUGUGGUGACCUGCGGGAACGUCUCCUUACAGGUGAGGCUCUGCCGGGUUAGGACCGGUGUCCACGCAGCGCCAUCCCUGGGGCGACGCCUACAGAACGAGCUCUGGGCAAGGAGGCGGGAAGAAGCAGCUGCUCGCCCUCCCUGUUUCUUUGGUACCUGGCUGUGUUUACAGCCACAGCACUGGCAAAUUGGUGGUGUUAGUGCUCAUCUGCAGACACAGCGAGUGCCACCUGCGUGUCUGUGCACUUCGGCUCCUGCUGCUGUGGUCCAGCCGGCGGCUGUAGCUGAGGAAGCAGAAGAGUUCAGAGUGGUCUACAGCUUUCCGGGGAUUAAGUACUGCAGAGUGCUGUCGAGGCUGAAGCUGCUGCAGACUGCGACAACCCUGGCUGUGCUGCCUCCCGUCUGCUACCUCUAUCUGCAAGGCCAGGUUUCUCAGACUGUCCUCCUGUAUACAACUGGCGUUGCUUUGUUUGCUGGUGUGAUGUUGUAUGGUAUGAGCUAUUUUUUCAGAUGAAUUAUUGGAUUAAUCUACCUAAGUGAAACUGGCAGAACUGUCAAAGUGGCCCACUUGACAUUUUGGGGAAAACGGAAUGACAUUUACUGUCCCAUAGAGACAGUGAUGACUUCAGAUGAAGCUGGAGAUGUCAAAGGGGAGCUACUUCUCCAGUUCAAACGAUAUAAUAGUAAAGAUACCUUGUAUUUUACGACUAAAUAUGGCCAGGUUGUAGACAGACAGAAGUUCAGGCAAAUAUUUGGAGAACUUCAGUGAUACAAUAACAAAUUUCCAAUAA